AUGUCUAAUUUAAAUGACUCCUCUAAUCUCAUAUCUCUGGCGGAUCGAAAUGUAAGGACAGUUUUGUCUUUGACCCCAUGUAUCGUUUUCCUCUAUGUCAACGGGGUCAUGCUUUACACCUUGAAAAAAAAGGCUGUUUUCCAGGAGGCGUCUCGCUAUAUUCUGUUCGGUCACAUGCUUUGGCUUGACACGCUCAAUCUGUUUAUGAGUGUAGUGCUGUUUGUUUGUGCAGUUAGUAAGAUUAUUAUUAUGAAACUUGUCUGCCUUUUUCUUUUGGUUGCUGCAACUGUUUUAUAUCAGGCUUCGAUCUUAAAUCUGGCUUUAAUGUCUCUGGAAAGGUAUGUGGCCAUCUGCUUUCCUCUAAGGCAUGCAGAUUUCACCACUUAUAAAAAAACAAGCAUGGCUAUUGGUGUUGUCUGGAUGAUAAGUUGGAUCAAGCCACUGUCUGAGAUAAUUAUUUACUAUGCCUUUGAUACUACAAACACAGCAAUUAAUUUGUUCUGCUCAAAAACGACUUUUUACAGACUGCCAAUAUAUAGAAAACUUGAUAUAUCCUUCACGUGUAUAUAUUUUGUGUCUGUGUCUUUUGUUGUAAUCUUUACUUAUGUCUCUAUAGCUAUUGUGGCUAAAUCAGCCUCUUCUGAUAAGGUGUCAGCUAAAAAAGCCAAUAAGACUGUGCUGUUACAUCUAAUACAGCUGGGUCUGUGUGCUGCAUCUAUUUUAGUUGGAGUUAUCCAAGAGGCUAUUUAUGUUUAUACCGACCUUUUGACUUCAAUAUCUGUGACAUAUACUUGCUUUGUAGUGUUUCAAAUUUUUCCAAGAUGUCUAAGUCCUCUUAUAUAUGGCCUGAGAGACCAAGCGUUUAGCAGCUUAUUUAAAUACUACUUCACAUUUGGUCUUAAAAAGCAAAACAGUUGUUAUACAGAGACACAUGUAGCAACAGGGCAUUAA